AUGGACGCGUUUCACAAGGAGCUGGAGGAAGUGAUCCACAAAGAGAAUUUAGUUAUCGGAUAUUUCAACGCAAAACUAGCAAAGGCCACCGAAGAGAAACACUGGAUGAGAAUUUGGACUGGAGGGCCGGCAAGAAACCCGCAAGAAAAAGCUUCGGUGUACAUGGGAAUCGCUCAGCGGCACGACUCGUGCGGAGAUCGACCACAUAGUCGUCAACCGGAGGUGGUGUCUACUUAA